GCUGGUGUGGUGGGAAUUCGUUGAAGUAAAAACUGCAAAGGAAGAAUCUUAUCAAGAACAAUGUUGCUCCAAUCCGUCACAGCCACAACCGCAACCGCCGCGCCGGUUCACCACCACCGUGUCCGCCCUCUCUCAUUCUCAGUGCAUAUCUCCCGCUUUCUCUCAUCCCCUCCUGGGUUCUCAACAUCUAUUCUUCUCUACUCUCCGAAGGGCCCUGCGGUCUCAUGUUCCUCAAAAUCGAAUGCCAGCACUGUGGACUAUGGGAAGAAGCCGAAACUCGAUUGGUACAAAAUGUACAAGCGUAUAUGCAUUGCUGCACUCUCGGGACCAACCAGCGUUGACGCAGUGCUAGAACAGUUUGAGAAUGGGGGUGCGGAUCUUUCAAUAUCGAAUCUUGUGCUUAUAAUUAAGGAACUCCGCACAUUCAAGCGAUACAAGCUUGCUCUCCAGGUAUAUGAGUGGAUGAAGGACAGAAAGGAUACAUAUCAUGCAUCUAAAAAGGGUGCUGCAGUUCAUUUAAAUUUAAUAUACCGAGUGAAAGGAAUCUCAAAUGCCGAAGACUACUUCAUGAAAUUGCCGGAACAUGUGAAGGACAACCGAGUGUAUGCCUCACUCUUGAAUGCCUAUGCUCAAUCAGAAAUGAGGGAAAAAGCGGAAUCUUUAUUUGAUGAGAUGAAAACCCGAGGUUUUGCCAGUACUUCUGUCCCAUAUAAUGUGAUGAUUACCCUUUACAAUAAACUCAAGGUUAAUGACCAGGUGGAGCGUUUAAUAUCAGAAAUGGAUUCGAAAAAUAUUUUAGACAUGGUUUCUUAUAAUAUAUGGUUGGGGUUCCUUGGAAACCAAGGAUCUGUGGAGAAGAUGGAAGAAGCAUUUGAGAAAAUGAAAAAGGACCCUGGUGUUAUUAUACACUGGGACACAUUGAGCAUAAUGGCUUCAAUGUACAUUCAGAUGGGUGAGAUGGAAAAAGGCGAAGAUUUUUUGAGACAGAUGGAGAGUAGAAUCAAUGUCAAGGAGCCUAUCUGUUAUGAUUACCUCAUGAGUCUGUAUGCUAGAGUUGGUAACAAGGAAGAGGUAUACCGCGUCUGGAAUGUCUACAACGCAAGCUUUCGCCGCAUCCCAAACAAGGGUUACCAUGCACUAAUCUCUUCUCUUUUAAGAUUAGAUGAUAUCGAAGGCGCCGAAAACACAUUCGAUGAGUGGAUGUCAGAAAUCAAGCGUUAUGAUCCCAGAAUGCCGUAUCUUCUCCUGAGUUGGUAUUUGAGGAACGGGCUAUUGGAUAAGGUUGAAAGUCUUUUUGCACGAAUUGUGGAUGCGGGAAAACAGCCCAACUCAUCGGCAUGGGAAAUCAUUGCACAAUUGCAUAUCAGGAGGGGGAGAGUUUCAGAAGCUUUGUCUUGCUUGAGAGAUGCCCUUUCGGCUGAAGGUUCUGGAAACUGGACACCCAGUCAUCCUACUAUAUUUUCUUUUAUGCAGCUUUGUGAGCAACAUGAUGACGUGAAAAGCAAAGAGGAAUUGAUUGAGAUGUUGAGUGAUGCGGGGGGUUUUGAUCGCGAGGCCUACAUGUCUUAUAUCUCCGUACAAAGCACUGUGGAUGGUGGGAAGAAGGAUGGCGAUGAAAUAACUGAUGUCCUACUCAAUGAACUACAUGGAAGCUUACAAUAACUUCCGGAUAUACUUAUAUUUGACUUGCUAAAUCACAUCAUCAAGGUGUUUGUGAGGUACUAAGGUAAAGGAAAUUGAUGUUCUCUUUGAGAAGCGUUUGGAAUUGUUAGGAUGCUUUUCCGUGAGAAUCUGCUAAGAUUUCCGUGUAUCAUAGCCUCAUAGCUAGCUGUCACCGGAGGUAAUGCCGGCCAUCGGCUGCCUAGACACUGCUUUGGCCUAUUUGGAUGAGGGAAAUUCUUGGUGUACACCUUUUUAUACACCUUUUUAUACACACCUCAAAACCUGAUUUGUUUUACCUGAUUUGUUUUGUCUGUGGAAAAUAAGGUUUUGUCUGUGAACUGGCAUUCACAGCAAAAAAAAAAGUCUUACAGACAAUGGGGUGUAUUGAUGUGUAUAAAAAGGUGUACAAAAAGAAAUUUUGAUUUGGAUGAAGGGGUUAAUGUGAGAAGAAGCUUUUGGAGGUAGUAGCAUCUAUAUUGGUAAAAAUUGAAAAUGUAAUGUGUUUUUUCUUAUAACACUAACGUAUUACCAUUUCAAUCAUAUUUAUUCUUUUUUAGUUCUCUAUCAAGAUAUAGAUUAAUGUAAUAUGUGACCGUUCCUAUUAUAUACGGAGUACUCCGUAUCAGUCAUCUUUACCGGGUUGUAAAAAUAUUCUCCAUAUCAAGAUUCAUGUUAAGAAUGGGCAUGCUAGUUAACUGCAUUUAGGGUAAUUAAGAUUCCACU